CAAUUGCAGAAUAAGAAACUCAUAUAUCCUGCUGUCUUAGGGAAUUUAGAAAAAACAAAACCGGGAUAUGCUCCCUUAGGGAUGCCCUGUCGUUCUCCUGGAAUAGAAGGGCUGAUCUCCCCCAGGUUUUGGAAAAGAUCCAGGGGUGCAGCUGUGGCAGCUGUCGGGGCGUGGAGGGACCAAGAAUUUGCUGGGACAGCACGUAGAGAUCAAUGCUAUGCCUGUCUGGGACACUGAAUAGGAACGGGAGGAAUUUUCCAGGCCUAAAUCCAUCUUGUACCAGCAACAACCCUUCUUCCAAGUUUGGAAAGCACUGGAAGACUGGACAUUGCAACAGCAUGAAAGAGAAAGCAGGAGAGAACAAGGAAGAGGGGAAAGGUGACACCAUGUCUGUGAUAUACAGCGAGGUGGCUGCCGAUGAACCAACUACCAACAGCUUCUGGAUGCCCAAUCACUACCAGAGCACAGUAAAACGUCUGGAUGAUGGGUACCGUGUCUGUGACCAGAUUGUAGCCUGUUUCCAGGAACGGGCAAAGAUUGAACGUAACUAUGCUUUGAUGAUGGAGGAAUGGACUCGCAAGUGGCGGCCCCUCAUUGAUGCAAGCCCGGCAUAUGGUUCCCUACUCCGGGCAUGGCAAGCUUUCCUGGGAGCUUCCGAGCGGUUGAGCCGACUACACAUGGAGAUGCAAAGAGCUUUGGUCUCUGAGGAUGCUGGGCGCAUUCGAAGCUGGCAGCAUGACUCCUAUCACCGCAAGCUCUUUGGGGGCUUCAAGGAGGCUUGUGAGCUAGAAAAUGGUUUCCAGCGGGCUCAGAAACCCUGGACUAAGAAGCUGAAGAAGACAGAGAAGGCCAAAACUCUGUAUCACAAGGCCUGUCGCAAACAGCACAUUGCAACACUGCGGGAGAGUGGAAUUCAGGCAGCAUCAGGGGCUGAAGUAUCUCCAGAUCGACAACGUGCUCUGCGGGAAGAACAUCAACGUUGUAGCCAAGAAACUAAUAAGGUGCGGGAACGCUACGAGAAGGCCCUGCAGGAGCUCGACCGUUGCAGCCCCCGCUACAUGGAAGAAAUGGAGGCUGUGUUUGAGCAGGGGCAAGCUCUGGAGCAGAGGCGGAUUAUCUUCCUCAAGAGUGCUUUCCUCGCCCUGCAUCGGCGCCUUGACAUCACUGCAGAUUCCAGUGUCCAAGCUGUUUAUAGUGACUUGCAUCAGGCCAUUGAGGAGAUAAAUGACCAAGAGGACCUUAAGUGGUGGCGUAAUCGACAUGGACCAGGAAUGGCCAUGAACUGGCCAAAAUUUGAGAGUUGGAGUCCUGAUCAUGAGCGGCCACAAGUAAAGGUCAAGAAAACUAAAGAACCAGAGAAAGUGACACCCCACAGUAUUUCUCCCUCCCAGAGCUGUCCCAAGCCAGCACCCGUGCCAACAGCAGGCCAGCGGGUUCGUGCCGUGUACGACUAUAUUGGCCAAGAAGCAGAUGAGCUAAGUUUCAAGGCAGGAGAGCUUCUUACCAAGCUGGAAGAUGAGGAUGAACAAGGCUGGUGCAAGGGAGUGACUGACAGUGGACAUGUGGGCCUCUACCCGGCCAACUACGUGGAACCCAUACAGGAGACUGAAAGCACCCUGCCCUGAAGGUCUGGUCAAACUUCACAAGAAGCACAACAAGAAAGAUGUCUCACAGUUCCACGAAUUCUCAUGAGUCAUAUCUUAAUCCAAAGAUCUGCCAUAUGUGAGAUGGAUGUACGUUUGAAAAUUGCCCACACACGGCAAGUUAGUGAAGUACGGGAAGUUUGUAGGCCCCAACCACACCAUUGUUUCAACACACCCCUGGAUGACUGAUACUCGGGGAAGACUGCACUCCACCUAUUGAAGGGUACUCCAUCAAAGUGUGAAAACAAAGCUGACCCAAUUAAGAUGAAUUUGUGAACAUCUGUUUUGUUUUGUUUUUUUUAAGAGUAGAUAUUUUAGCAUCUGUGGAUUUUGGAAAAUAAAGAAAUAAAUAAGCACGAUG